AUACUAGCAAAACACGGAUGGGGGCAGCAAUGUACCAACGGGAACGUCGUCACGCGAAGAAGAAGCGCAUUGCAUUUUGGUCGCCGGCGCUGAAAAAAAGCAUUGCGAGCAAGCUAACUUGGCUCACUGCGUACUACGACAUCUGACCAGGAGCCACUUUGCGCAAUCAUGUCGUCAACAUCUCAAAAGCAUAAAGACUUUGUUGCCGAGCCGAUGGGCGAGAAGCGUGUGGUGGCUCUUGCAGGCAUCGGAGAGGUCCUUGGCAAAAGGUUGGAGGAGAAAGGCUUUGAUAAGGCGUAUGUCGUCCUGGGGCAGUUUCUCUUGCUAAAGAAAGACGAGGAGCUUUUCAGAGAUUGGCUGAAGGACACGUGCGGGGCCAAUUCCAAACAGCAAGGUGACUGCUUUGGCUGUCUUAAGGAAUGGUGUGACGCCUUCCUAUAAACAAUUUCUCCUUUUUAUAUAUCUAUUUUUUUGUAGUGCAAACUGUUCAUCUGCUUUUUGGAUUGAUUUGAUGUUUACGGACGGCAUCAGUUUUAUGAAAUUGAAAUGAUUACUGCCUUUUCACGGUCGUUCACAUCUUAAUGGAUCUUAAAAUGGAGGUACAUUUGUGUGUGUGCUCAUUGAUUGCAAUUUAAUGUCAAUAAAAUGGAAUGCAGAGUUUGACCUGUAAAAGACUUCCAUAACACAAGUCUGGAACUUACCGAAACCUUGGCGUUUUGGGACGCCGACUCACCAAAAUUGAUUGAUUGACCAUCGGUGUUUGCAAGUAGUACCGUCCAACAGGAGAUUGAUGCGCUCGUUUCUUCUUGUGGAACCAUUAUUCACUUUGAAGUGUCUUGGAUUCUCGAAUGUCGAUUCUGAAUGUGCUGCAUUUUAAGUUCAACGGCCUCACACACUACUAGCAAUGUAUUCACUGAAAAAAAAAAAGGUUCAACUUGCGCUGUCCCUCGCUGAGGAUUAUCUACAAUUCUCAGCAUUACAAAAUAAGAAUGACUUUUUAAAAAUAUUGGUCCUCCACCUUCACCUCAAGUCUGUAUCAUAACUGUGAAAGACCUGUUUGAAGAAUUGUAUACAAAUAAAGCUACUCAAAAAUGA